AUGAAUAAACAAACUUCUCUUAUGUUUUUUUUGGUCACUCUGACAUUUUUUCUGUUUGUCUUCUCUUCGUCAGUUAAUGCCAGGAUCAGAAAGAGACAAUGCGAACCCUUAACCUACUACUGCGACAUUAAUGGCAGCCCAACUUCACAAGUCGACACUACUCGAAUUACUUUCACUCAAUUCACUACUUGCGAUGUAAGGGUCACGGGUCAGGUCAAUAAUGUUGAUUACCCUAACGGUGCAUCGAGCGUUUCAACCGAGUCUCAAAAUUACGAUGUCGAUGUAAUCCAAGACCUUAAUAAUCCAGACUCAACCGUCGUCUCUCUGCCUCUCACAGCAGAGGUUGUUAAUCCAUUUGAAGCUAAUUAUUAUGCCCCCGCCGGUUUAGGUUUCCCAUUUACGGAUCUCUUAAACUACAAUUGUGUAGUGAAUUUAGAAGAAUCGGCAUCUCCUACAGGAGCAGAACAAAUUCUUGGAAGUGGCACGAUCAUACCGGCCUCUUAA